AUGGCAGCUGCCCAUGCUAUGUUUACCGGUGAGGGGUUGGACCUGGCCGCAUUUGUGCAGACGUUUGGUCUGUCUCUGGCCUCGUUUUUACAUGAGUUGAAGCGAGCAGGUGCUGUCGUGACGGGAGCCGAUGUUGUCUCGUUUAUGGCGGGGGAGUGGAAGGAGUCGUUACGCUUGCGGCCCCGGGCCGUUAUUCUCGAUGUGCUCUGUCAUGGGUACAAGGCGAGGGGUGCGCUGGCGCUGUUCUUGACUCGGUCGGGGUACCGCUUAAACCCGUAUGCUUGUCGUCACCGCAUAGGGGAGUGGGCGUCUGUCCGCGCGGAGCGUAGGGUGUGUCUGGUGAAGGGGGACCUGUCCCAGCGCGUGAUCCAUUUGGUGGAGUUGCAACGACCUGUGGAGGAGGUGUUACUGAGUCGUAUUUACGGCACGUUGGUGGGCAACUAUAUCACGGGCGUCGGGCGCAUUGUCUCUCUGUUCCCGCGUAUGAGCUUUGUAGAGCGACGGGGUUGGUUUCCCUCGGGGGUGACAGCCGUGGAUGUGGCGGGCUUGACGGCCAAGUAUGUUGGCUGGCGGUGUCUUGUGGGCGAUGGGGACGAGGCUGGGGACGAGGUGACAUAUUGGUUUCGGAAGACGCUGGACCGGUAUUGUUGGGUCCUCCGUUGUGACCUGCAUGGUCAUGUGCAAGACAGUCAACGUCCUGCUUUGCCAGGUGAUGUACCGGGAGACGAGAUGGAGGUGAGUGACGAGAGGGAGGCAAGCCGGAAGGGGUUCGCUGUAUUCUUCCCGCAGAUGAAGGCUUCGUUGAAUGCCGGGGCGUGUGUGUAUGAUCGGGAGACAUGGGAGUGUACUACGUAG